AUGAUUUUUUUUUCACAGAUCACAACUGCAUUAAAUCCAGGAUGCAAUGUAACUGCAUGUAAAGAGGGGAUAGAUGAAAACUUUGCUAAUGUAGCUUACAUUAAAGCUGAGGGCAGUGAGGAUGUGCUUCAUUAUUUACUUAGUAGUGUUGGUUCUCUCACAGCCCUAGUUAUCAGAGGGAAGCCAGGCAGUAUAAUUGAAAUUAAUUGGGAGAAACUUCUGUCAACUAAUUCUUCCGAACGAACUGACCAUGCUAUAACCUUAGAGCCGUCUGGUUCAUUAUUAGAAAAUUCUUAUGCUGUUGUUUUAACUAGGUUAUUUGAAUACAAUGAUAUGAAUGAUGAUGCUAGUCUGAAUUCCUAUGAUAUACAUUCUACCAACUGGACAGUGCACGAAUUUCAAAAUUUUGGAUGGCAAGAAGUCAAUCAUAUAAAAGGAAAAGACAACUCUGCAGUUUUCAAUUUGACAGUUAUCAAAAGCCAAAAUGAAACUAUGGAUAAAAAUGACACAUUGGGAACUUUAGUUUUAACGUUUAAUGCCUAUGAUAGUGAUGGGAGAGAUGAUGUUUUACCUAAAAUGGAACACAAUGAAAAUAAUACCCUGUUUGAUUUCUUAUUGAAUGAUUUUAAAGCAAGUUAUACACAGUCCAGGUUUGCUAUAGAAGUGGUGGUGAUUGGAUCAAGUAAAGAUCGUCCUAAAAUAUCAGAAACAGAAUCUUUAGAUGACGAAUAUACUCCUGGUGUUUUUAAAAUGUUUGACUGGUCAACUAAACCCAGUAAUAAGAACAAUGGUGGUUAUUUGGAAUGGAAACCAAUUUGUUACACUAAAACUGAUAGAGAUAGACUUUCAGGAACUUUUGUAGCAUAUUACUCUGAGACUAAUGCAAAGGAACAAGGAGGUCUGUUAGAAGAAAGCAUAGCCUAUACCUAUUUUGGAAAUGUCCUUUUUACAACAAAAUAUUCUAAAAGUGCCACUAAUAUAUCAUUUGGUUUAUCUAAAGAUGGUUUUUAUACUAAAACUAAUUAUACUGUGUGGAGUGGUAGUAUAGGCUAUGGUCACCCACCAAAAGAUGCUAUAUCAAUAUUAGUUAUAGGAGUUAUAUCAGCUGGUCUAGGCUUACCUGUUAUUUUAAUAUUAUUUGGAGGUGUUUUUGUGUGUGUAAAGAAACACAUGAAGAAAAAAGAUCAGGUGAUGAGUGAUUUAACAGCUAGUUAUUCCCAGAUCAAUUCAACAUAA